CCCCUCAAAUUCAAAUCCCCAGCCACUCUCCAUGGGAGAAAAAGAGAAGAAAAACAAGAACAAGAAGCAAAAGCACCAACACCCAAAUGACCAAACCACCAAGCAAGCCUCUGAUUUCUCCUUCAAGCCAAUCUCAGAGGUAAAGGGUAUCCGAUUCGGAGGCCAAUUCAUAGUGAAAUCAUUCACAAUCCGAAGAGCAAGGCCUCUUGAGCUUCUAAAAGUUCUAUCUUUCCCACCAACCAAUAACACCACCAAUAAACCAAAAGAUCACAAGCUCCCUUUCCCUUCCACAACAGCAUUCUUGCCAACAAACUUCACCAUCUUGGCACACCAAGCAUGGCACACCCUCACCCUUGGACUCGGAACCAAGAAGUCCAAGGUGCUUCUAUUUGUGUUUGAAACUGAAGCCAUGAAGGCUUCAGUGGAUCGAACAUGGCCAUCAGAGAUAUCACUUGGUGAAGUGAACAAGAGGCUCAUAAGGGGUCUCACUGGUUGUGAGAUGGCUCGCUUCAAGUUCAGAAAAGGUUGCAUAACUUUCUAUGUCUAUGCGGUUCGGCAAGUUGGUAACUUGGGGUUUCCUUGUGCUGAAGAUCUAAGGACUAUUCUGCAGUCUGUUGUGGAGCUUAAAGAUUUCUUGGAUCACACUGCUAUGCUUUCCAUGCCUAACCAGAGAAGCAUCAGUUACUCAAACUCGCAGGUAGCCAUGGCUCAUUAGGCAAACCUAUGAUCAAUUAUCAUCAUCAUCAUCAUCAUUUUUAGGAUCUUACUUAGAAUUAUUUUUGCUUAAUUUGUUAACUUGUUUGCUUAGUCUUGGGAAU